ACGACCUUAAAAUGAGCCUUUAUUAUUACUUAUUAUUGCCACGUUUGUUACAUUUGAUACAUUUAGAAAAAAAAAAUCAUGUCAAAUUGUUCAAUACCUGUUCUAUUGGCAACUGCUGCAUAGUUUGUGUAAUUGUUUGAUUUUUUUUUUCUUGACACCAAAUUUAAUUUCAGGGCUUGAUGUUCCCUGCAGUGAUGGUGCUAUUGGCUAACUGGUUCCCGAUAGCGGAACGUGGACUUUUAACGGGGCUUGCCCUCUCAGGAUACAUGUUUGGACUUCUAGUGCCAGGGAUUUCAUCUAGUUUGAUUUGUGGGAGUAUCUCCAUUGGAGGUUGGCCUGUUGUAUUUUACACCUUUGGAGGAAUUGGCCUUAUUAUUACCGUACUUCAGAUGCUUUCUUUGAAAAGCUUACCUAAAGAUGAUCCAAAAACAUCUAGAGCAGAAUUGAAAUUUAUUUUAGGAAACCAAGAGAAUAAAUUGACAUUGAAGAGACCAGCGGCUCCUUGGUGUAAAAUAUUACGUUCUAUGCCAACUUAUGCCCUCUUAUUUGCAGCCUUUGGUCAGUAUUGGCAAGGAAUUCAUUUCUUGUUGGUACAUCCGACAUUUUUGGCAACUAUUCUUCACUAUCCGUUGGCUGAGAAUGGAAUACUUGUUUCUGUUCCGCACCUGCUUUCAAUGAUCCUUAAUUGGGCAGUUAGCUUCUUAUCCUCUUUCCUCUCCUCGAAAAAGUACUUAAGCAUAAGCAAAGUUAGAAAAUUCUGGACUCUUAUGAGUUCUCUGAUAUAUUCGCUUUGCUUAGUGCUUAUGAUUUUGACAAAUGCUGAAAAUGCAGUGACCAUUGCCGUAUCUGUGAUUGGAAUAGCUAUUAUAGCGUUUGUCAAUAACGGCAUAAUGAUUGUUGCUCUAGAUAUGACACCCACUUUUGCAGGCUCUUUAUCGGCUUUAAAUUCAACAAUUGGAGGCUUAGCUGGGUUUUUACUUCCCGUUGUAUCUGGCGUUAUAACGAACAAAGAGCAAACACUGGAGCAAUGGAACAAGUUCUUCAUAUUAAGCAUUGUGAUAUCCAUGAGUUCAUCAAUAUUCUUUUGCAUUUUUGGAUCAGCAGAAGUUCAAAGAUAUAAUUUUGCUUUGGAAGACAUGUCUCUUAAGCUUGAAGAAGCAACGAAACAAAAUUCAAAGGCUGUUGAACUGAAAGAUACUUGAAACCACAUAUGACUAGGAUUAAACUUGCACGCUACCACACAUAAAGUUCAUAAUUAGACUUUUUCUAUCUUACUAUACGAUUUUUCAUUACAACAACAUUGUUAUAAGUAUUGCAUGGAUGGAUUUCAUUUCACUUUUCCAUGAAACAUCUGCAUGAAUAUG